UUUUGAGUUCCUUUCUUUCUGCUGCAGAAGGCGAGUAUGUGAGUGAAGCCCUGUUGGUGCCCGACAGGUGCCGUUUUCUUCACCAGGAGCAGAUGAACAUCUGUGAGAGUUACGUCUACUGGCACAACAUUGCCAAAGAGGAAUGCACUGCAGAGAAUCUUGAGCUGCACAGCUACGGGAUGCUGCUGCCAUGUGGGGAUCACUUCAGAGGUGUAGAGUACGUCUGCUGCCCGGGAAGGAGCCCCUCAAAUGGAAAAGGAGAGACAGAGGAAAAGGAGGUCCCUCAAAUGCUUGCAUCCCAGACUGCUGCAAAACCUGGCUCUGUCAAGUUGAUGGCACCUACUCCAAGCCCCACCCCAGAAAAGGAAGUGGACGAUGUAGACAUGGAGGAGGAGGACGAUGAAGUGGUAGAUGAAGAAGAGGAUGAACAGGAGGAAAACUUUGAUGAGGAUGAGGCAGAAGAAGAAGAAGAAGAGGAGGAAGAAGAAGAAGAAGAAGAAACAACAGCUGCAAAGGAGCAGGAGGAUUAUGAAUACCCUCUUGAUCCUUACCGGACAUCUGACUACUCCUUCUACUAUGACGACAGUCACAAACCCACAACGUCUACCCCUUUGGUCAAGGGAGACAUCUUUACUACAACUCGCCCCACAGAUGGGGUUGAUGUUUACUUUGAGAAGCCAGUGGAUGACACCGAGCACGCCAACUUCCUGCGUGCCAAAACGGACCUGGAGGAGCGCAGAAUGAAACGCAUCAAUGAGAUAAUGAAGGAAUGGGCGGAGGCUGACCAUCAGUCACAAAACCUGCCAAAGUCAGAGCGACAGGCUUUAAAUGAGCAUUUCCAGUCUGUGCUGCAGACGUUGGAGGAACAGGUUGCUGGGGAGAGACAGAGGCUAGUGGAGACUCAUCUCGCCAGAGUCGAGGCCAUUCUCAACAACAACCGUCGCCUAGCUUUGGAGAACUACCUGACGGCUGUACAAUCUGAUCCCCCCCAGCCUGAGCGGGUGCUUCAGGCUUUAAAGCGGUACAUGGCUGCAGAGCAGAAGGACCGCAGACACACUCUGAGGCACUACCAGCAUAUUGUGGCUGUCGACCCACAGAAAGCUGAGCAAAUGAAAUUCCAGGUGUACACACAUCUACAUGUCAUUGAGGAAAGGAUGAACCAAAGUCUUGCUCUGCUUUAUAAGGAUCCAACAUUAGCUGAGGAGCUACACAGUGACAUCCAGGAGCUUGUCAAGGCAGAGCGAGGCGACAUCAGCGAGCUCAUGACUACUUCCUUCUCCGAGACCCGGACCACUGAAGUGCUCAUACCAGCAGAGAGCGAGGAAGAGAAGGAUGACGAAGAGGAGGAGGAGAGGGCCUUCCAGAACCGGCCUUACCCUCCUCGCAUCGAUCUACACUCCAAUAGGAAAGAGGAUGAAUAUGAUUAUACCACAUCUGAAAGAGGCCGUAAUUAUGAAUAUGAGGAAAAGAUUAACACCUCUGCUGAGCUCAAACAGGUGGUGAAACCAAAUGAGAUUGCAAGAGAUGAACUGCCCGAUGUCCUGGAUACGUUUAACCGUGGUGCCAUGGUUGGCUUGCUGGUGGUUGCUGUAGCAAUUGCCAUGGUGAUGGUGAUCAGCCUGCUGUUGGUGCGCAGGAAGCCAUACGGCACUAUUAGUCAUGGCAUUGUGGAGCAGGUCGACCCUAUGUUGACACCCGAAGAAAGGCAGCUCAACAAAAUGCAAAACCACGGCUACGAGAACCCCACCUACAAGUUCUUUGAGCAGAUGAACUGAAGCUCUGAAUGCUACCAGCAAGUCAUGCCUCACCACAUGUUUUGUCCCCCCCCCCCACACUUGUCCAUACAAUGAUGUCCCAGCUGCACUUCCUGUGACAGUUUGAUGAUGUGUUGCAGAUUUUAUUUAACUGGUGAAACUAGGGUGCUUCCCCAAAACCAGUUAAUUGCAUCAUAAAGUGAUUAAUGAGAUACGAUACAACCCUGUGUUAAUUAUUGUAGUCAAAUAUUCCUUAACGUGAAGCAGAGCUACAGACCAUCCACCUCAUUCCUGUGGCAUGACGACCUACUGCUCCUCACUAGAAACUGAAUUUUGAAUGGUACAUAAUGCUUUAUUAUUACUAUUUAUUUUUCAUUCGUAGUUUCUUUGUUGAGAUUGUACCACAGUAACAGUUCUCUGUGUAGAUGAGUGUGAAUGGCAGCCUAGUUUAUAAUCGAGCUGAAAAACUUACCUCUACGAGUCACUGACAGCUGUAGGUAAAGUAGUGAAGGUUUUGAAUGUAUGAGACAAACAGGCUUCAAUUCAAAAACAAAUUAGUACAGAAACGCUGUUUCAGCUGGUGGCACAAAAAAUCUUUAGACAUUUAGCAAAAUAUACCCUAAAUAUCAAUUAAGCUGUAUAUUUGUUUUAUUGUUUGGCUUUCAAAAACAGCUGUUCUACGAAAAAAUUUGAAGUCUUUUAUUUUACUGAAAGCAUGACAACUUUGGUGUAUGAUGCUGCAGUAUUUCUUUGUGUUGUUCUUGUCAUUGCUUUUGAAGAGUCCAGAAUGUUCCUAAAGGACACUGUAAAUACCGUAGGACGUAUCCGCUACUAGAUGUAGACAUUUCUAUUAUUAAUUUACAUCGGUGUAAUGGAAAAAAUGCAUAAAAAAAAAGAUUAAGAAACAAUAAACACAUUGUGCUGUUUUGAGAAGGAGAAACAUUUUCCUAACAUGGCUGAUUGAAAACGGACUGUUGUAAAAACCAGCACAAGACAACGACACAGCAACUACUUUCUGAAUGUAUUCGAGGUAGACGUUGAUUCCUCCCUCUUUUUCUUUUGAUGCCUGUAGUAAACGUGGGUAGGAGUAGUGCACCGACACAUUUAAGGGACUACCCCCCCCCCCUUCCCCGUGCCCUCAUCAUCACUUGGUGUAGCAGCCUUUUUAUUUUCACAUAUUAGCAGGGGGAUUAUUUAAAAUAAAUCCUGCACAGGGCAGAUCAGUGUGUAAAAGGGCACAGCUAUGGGUAUUGGGUCACCAUAUGAAGUAACUUCUUGACACUCUGGCAUGACAGUCAUAUUCUCUUUUUUUAUAUGCCAAUUUGACCUAACUAAACUCAAAAACACUGAAUUAUAUAGUCUCUAGGAGCUUUAUUUAGGUCUCCUCAUACAAAAAGCUUUUGAUUGAAUGACUCAUUGUAGUUUUCAUAUUUAUGACCAACUUGGUACCCCAAACAGGCAAGGGAUUGCCCCUUUUAAUUCUGACUAACUGUUUACAGCUUAGUGUGUCGGUUAAAUUUCCUUUAGCCUCUGAAGUCGAUGAUUGGUCACCUUGUUUAGAAAAGGUCACACUGUGCAGUUGAGUGGUCUUUUACUGUAUGUUUCUGCACAAAUGAUUUUAUAUGUUUUGGUCUGCUGGUUAUUUUACAUAAAGCUCAUCUAGAAAGUGUGUGGGGUGGGGGUCCUUUUUCUUUUUUUUAUGUGUUUUCUUGAAAAAAAAAAAGAAAAGGAGGUUUGCCAUGUUUUUGUUUGUCUUGUCAGGUGGGUUAAAAGGCGGGUUGUGGUCUUGUUAUGACGGGAAAAGAAAAGUCACAGCCCCAUGUAUAAAGUGUACAGCUCCGUUAGUGAAUGAAAACAUUGUAUGUUCACAGUUUAAGUCAUUCGAUCUCGUAAUGAUACUACUGAAACCAUAAAUGAGAAUAAGCUUGCCUGUGUUUCCCAAACCACCGAAGGUUUCCUACCAGCAUUUAGCAAAACUCAACAUGGUAUAUACUCUAGUUACUCAAGUCACAUUUGUACUUAAACAUCCUGAUUCCGAUUCUAGGCUUCUUCUUCGUUGGUCCAUCCCCUUACUCCCUAAAUAAAAUAUAAACUAUGUUAUUAAGGUUUUAAUGGCUGCAUUAUUGCCUUUUACAAUGCUGUGUUUUGGAUGUAACUAUUCUGUAUUUUUUAUUUAUUAUGUAACAGUCAGUUGAAUGGAGGGUCAUGCAUUUCACAUGUAAUUAGAAGCAAGUAUGAGAAAAAUCUAUGUUGCAGAGGAAAUGUGAAUCCUAAUUGACAUGAAGCGUCACUAAGCACAACUAAAUUGUCCAUUUUUGUAAAGUCUGCAAGAUUUAAAACUGGUUAAACAAUGUAAAUUUAUUAGGAUAUUGUUGCUACCAUUGAAAGAGCUGUUCUUUAUUUUCAUUAAGUCCUUUAACCAAAGACAUGCUCCGUGACUUCUUGAAACAUAUUAGUUUAUUUGGCAAAGUAUUUCUGUGUAGCUGUACUGUAAGCAAUCUGGCAAAUAAAAUCUUAUUGAGUUGAUUAAACGUGUAAUAAAGUUGAAUGACCCCUUAA